AAAUAUCUGAAUGUUCAUUUGUAUUGUUUUCACUUAUCGCCUGCCCCAAGUACCACCAUAAAACAACGAUAAUCCGAAGUACUGAUUAAAUGCUAUUCUACGUGAAAGAGACGUUCGAAAAUGAAUAGCGGUGCGCGGAACUUAUUGUUGCUCUCGUCGUCCCGAUUGCAUGGCUACGGCUACUUGGAGCAUGCGCGCGCCCAACUGGAGGAUCUGUUCAAGGCCAAGAAUGUGAAGACCGUGCUCUUUGUGCCAUACGCCUUGCGGGAUCACGACAAAUAUACGGCAACCGUCAGUGCUGCACUGCAGCCUUGGGGCUAUGCAGUGGAAGGGCUGCAUACGAAACCCGAUCCGAGGCGGGCGCUCCGCGAGGCGCAGGCCAUUUUCGUGGGCGGCGGUAAUACGUUUGUGCUGCUGAAGCAGCUGUACGAACUGCAGCUGGUCGAACUGAUCCGCCAGCUGGUGCUGGAGCAGGGCCUCACCUACGUGGGCAGCAGUGCCGGCACCAAUGUGGCCACACGCUCCAUCCACACCACCAACGACAUGCCCGUCAUGCAGCCGCCCACCUUCGAGGCCCUGGCUCUGGUGCCCUUCAACAUCAAUCCGCACUACCUGGACGCGGACCUCAGCAGCCAGCACAAAGGCGAGACGCGAGACGAGAGAAUCGAGGAGUUUGUCAGCUAUCAUGCACGUCCUGUGCUCGGGCUGCGUGAGGGCACCAGCCUGCGCGUCCAGGGCGAUCGGGCGACGCUGCUGGGCGAACGCAACGCCAAGCUCUUCAAAUCCGAUGGCAGCACCGUGGAAUAUGAGCCACAGUCCGAUCUCAGCUUCCUGCUGAAGGAAUGACAUGGAUAUAUUGACAAAGAUUUUGUUUUACAUACAUUUAUUUGAUAUAUAUAUAACAACUAGAUUAUAUAAUCGGCAUGUUCGUAAUAGAUCUUACACAUAAUAUAUUUACAUUAUAUAUCCUCUAUAUAUAUAUGCUAAAAACUAUGACUACACUUCAAAAAAAUCCUCUUCUUUUAUUGCCAAUGCUAACAACUAUUUACAUACGUUUUGCCUUUUGCUAGUUGUAUAACAAAUAUAUGUUGAUUGUGUUAUAAUUAAUUAAAUACAAAAAUCUUUUAUAUAAAAUUAUGUAAAAAAAAAAAAAAAGUAUAAAUGAUAAUAAUCAAUGCAAAAUGCUUUAAAACGUAUAACUGGCAGGCGCUACUUAUUCGAACUCUAAAUACGUAGUUGGUAUAACAGUUGGCACUUGUAUAACAGUGACAGUAGCAUGCAAUUCAAUUUCACCGUUGUCUCUUGUAUAACAGCUGCUACAAUGUUUCAGUUUUACAUAUCUACAACAGUAUAACAGUUGACUAUCGUAUAACAUGCAUUUUCAUAUACAUUUUUAAUUCAACUCCUAAAGUUGUAUAUCUAACAAUUUUCAGCAAUAAUCAGAACUAUUUCGUCGUUCGUAUAACAGUGU